AAAUUAUGAAAAAGGAAAAAAAUAAAUAAAUAAAGAAACUACAUUAAAAGGGGGAGAUAUAAAUAGGGGAUGGAGAGAGUCAAGUGAAGAAACAUGGGAAAGCACACAUUAGCACGAAGCGUGCUUUGCGGUGUUAGAGAGAGAAAGAAAGAAAAGAUAGAGAGAUAGAGAGAGAAAGCAGAUUUUGUAGAGAGACAAAAGAAAAAAAAGAUCAGCAUACAUUACGGAGCCACACAACAACACAAAAGGCACAAAGGGGAAGACGUAUAAACUUACAAGGAGGGAAGGCUAAAAGGGAAAGCAGUGUGUGACUGUGUGUUUGUAUAUAUAUUCACACAAAAGAAGAAGAAUUUUGGGCAUUUCUUUCAAUUGGUCGGUGUUUGGUGGCCUUACUCUUCACUGGGUUUGAAUUUGUUUGAAGAAAAGGUGUAGAAUUGAAGGAGUUUUGUUGGAAUUUUUAAAACAUGGAGUGGCCUUCGUAUUUAGAUGAAUAUGAGAAGCUGGUGAUUCGUAUGACUACUCCCAGGGUCAUGAUUGACAAUGCCGUCUGUGCUAAUGCUACACGCGUUAUGGUAAAAACUCCAGCUUAAAGCCCUUUUCAUAGUUUGACUGAAUAAUUCCAUGUUUUCUUUCUUCCAAAAGAUGGAAACAUAAAUUAAUUAUUAUGUUUCUGACCAGAUCGACAGCGCAAGGAAACACGGUAUUCUCUUGGAAGCCGUUCAAGUUUUGACGGAUCUGAACCUCUCCAUCAAAAAGGCUUACAUUUCGUCCGAUGGACGGUGGUUCAUGGACGUUUUCCACGUUACCGAUUUAAACGGCAACAAAUUAACGGACGAGAGUGUCAUCAAUUACAUUGAACAGUCACUGGAGACGAUUCAUUAUGCAAGAUCACCAUCUAUGGAUGGCCUAACGGCACUUGAGCUAACCGGAACUGAUCGAGUCGGCCUUCUAUCCGAGGUGUUUGCGGUGCUAUCUGAUUUGCACUGUAAUGUGGUGGAAUCAAAAGUAUGGACACAUAAUGGCCGAAUCGCGUCACUGAUAUACGUUAAGGACUGCGAUUCAGGCACACCGAUUGAGGAUUCUCAGAAAAUCGAUCGAAUUGAAGCCCGGUUAAGGAAUGUUUUGAAGGGUGACAACGAUAUAAGGAGCGCGAAAACGUCCAUUUCUUUGGGUGUUACUCAUACAGAAAGGAGACUUCAUCAGAUGAUGUUUGCCGAUAGGGAUUACGAAAGGAAGCCGAUAAUCAGGACCAGUGGCGAAUCGCCGGUUGUUCUAGUUCAGAACUGUUUGGAGAGGGGCUAUUCUGUUGUAAAUAUUCAGUGCAAGGAUCGAACGAAGCUUCUCUUUGACGUUGUCUGCACAUUGACAGAUAUGCAAUAUGUUGUGUUCCAUGCCACAGUGAACACUGCUGCUGACAGAGCAUAUUUGGAAUUCUUCAUGAAACAUACAGAUGGAACCCCAAUCAGUUCAGAAGCCGAAAAGCAACGAGUGAUUCUGUGUCUACAAGCUUCAAUCGAAAGAAGGGCAUCGCAGGGUGUACGGUUAGAACUUAGUGCUGCGGACAGAUCAGGGCUACUGGCCGAGGUGACACGAACCUUCCGAGAAAACGGGCUAAACGUGACAAGGGCAGAGAUCUCCACAACAAGAGAUUCGGUUCUCAACGUAUUCUAUGUCACGGAUGGAGCUGGGAAUCUUGCCGAUUCCAAGAUCAUCGAAAGUGUUCGGCAAAAGAUUGGGUUGAAUAACUUGAAAGUGAAGGAAUUGCCUUCGAUCUAUCACAAAAAGGCCGAAGAUGAAGAAAAGAAUCAACACUCGGGGGGUGUUGGUGGGGCCAUGUUGUUAUCCCUCGGAAGCUUGGUUAGGCGGAAUCUGUGCAGUCUUGGGUGGAUUAGAUCCUAUUCUUAAACUCAAGACAUUGCAUUACACUCAAACCGCGAUGAUGAUGAUUAAAGACCCAGAAAACCGCCUUCCCCGGAAUCAAAUCCUCCCCAGUUGGCAAACAAAUAUACUACUUUGCUUCCGAUUUCAACAAACUCCCCCCAAUAAGGCCUAGGGAUGGGAUUGAGAUGGCAUCUGUUGGGAGGCACGUGUACAUAUUAGGAAAAAUAGAAAUUUGGUACUUAUUUGGUGUUGGUGUUGGACAGCAGUAAGUAGUAGGUGACUAGGUGUUAUAGUUGGUUUGAGUUUGGUUGGAUAGGUAGACAAACAUUGCACAUUGAGGAAGUUGGAUGGAAGUAUUGGGGGGGCCACAUUUCCAAUGUCUUCCUAAUUGUUCCUUUCUUCCAUCAUGUGUGACAACGACAGACUCAAAAAGAGGAAGAGGCAGAAUUUGAACGUGGAUGUUAAGAUCAUAAAGAAGAAGAAGAAAAAGAAAACCAUUGGAGGACGAAGUAAAAGGCUGUUUUGGUUGUUGGGUUGUGGUUAUAGAUUUGAUUGUGGUUUGCCGGAGUGGAUAGAUGGUAAGUAAUUAAAUUAGAUAUAAAGCUAAAUUAGGUUAAUAGAAUUAAGUAGGAAAAGAAAGAUCAUUGUAAAUACCUUUAGCCACUAGUUUUCUUUAACCUUCUUUGAAUUUUAUUGAGUUAUUAGUGAGAAGUACUACCAAAUUACUACUAUUAUUCAUUC